GUCAUCUGCCUAGCAACUGGAUUCUGGAUGGCCGUUACCACAGGAUGGCGCGAGAGCAAGGGCAAUGUGCGCUCGGCCGUUGAGGCUCUGAAGCGUUGCACCGCCGCAGACGUGGAGAAGCUGACGCCCUCUCAAGGAGGUUACGACUGCAACUUCAGCAAGCCCACCAGCUCCAAGCGGGUGCUUCGCUUGGAAGUCAGAGUGGAGGGCACCGAGCACGGCGAGCCCCUGACAGCUCCUUUGACAGGGCACAGCUGCGUCCUCCACUCGGCCGCAGUGUCGAAGCAGCUCCACGACGGCAUGCCCGCGGUUCCGAUAGCCUUCUCAGCGUCAAGUGUCGACUUCGUUGUGAGUCUGCUUGAUGACCCAGAUGCACGCAUCAUCGUGCGAGGCUGCGAUGUAUCCCUCUUCGACACCUCGCAUGGACGCUGUGAAGAUCAGAAGCGUUUCGGGGAGGCGCCGGACAACUGGCAGGACUUUGUGCUCACUCACCGCUCAGCGGCUCCCCAAGGUCGAGAGUGGGCUGCCAGUUCAUCUCUUCGUGAAGAUGAAGCGAUUCUGGAGUUCCAGGAAUGUGCCCUUCUGGUGGGUUCCGUGGUGACUGUGGUCGGAGAGUUACAUCGUGGUGCAGAUGGUCAGCUGACCCUGAGGCCCUUCCAGGGCGACGACAAAACCGCUUUCUGGCGGGCGAAGAAGUCCUUGAGGGAGCCCUGGCGCACUUCGUGGGAGAGUGGCGGUGAUGAGAAGCAGAACAGCAGGGUGGCAUCUUCACCCAACGUUCUGAAGCAGAAG